UGAUUGAAGCAUGAGGGCCGCAAGCGGCUGUAGAGCGGGCAUAGCAUAUCACUGUGGGCUUUCGAUGUGCAUGUCGCAUGUGAUGUAGACAGGAAUGGCCAGACUCGACGGACACUGUGACACCGUCAUGAGUGGAUAACACUGUCGCGUUGAUGCAUAAUGAGACUGACACAUCUGUAUUAGAGGAUGUAGUCAAGUUUGAAUGUGAGUGAUGUUAGGAGGUGGGGGUAUACUUCAACUCGAAGGUGGAUCGGCGUCGUCUCCCGAGUCAAAUUCGUACGGGCUGUCUGGGCUUGUUACAAGUGUCACGUCGCUGGCAAGGGAGGGGUGUGGACUCGGGGAAGGAGACAAGAUGCGAUACAGGCGGGUAUGGUGGACGCGGUCGCGUCGUCCCAGUCUGCACCACGACGUUGGCAUCCGUACGUCGCAUUGGUCGGGGCCUCCAUGUAUAGACCACGUGAUCCAAUGGCGUCUAAGCUCGGCGACUCCCUGGAUCUGGCCGAUGCCUGACCGGAGAUUCCCGGUGGUGAGCACGAUUGGCUGCCCUUGGCCAAUCUGGCAAGCUGGGCGUUUGCUGGCGGUCCAUGUCCAGCUUGCACCUCUCCUCUCGGGGCGACUCUCCACUUCAAUCAUUACUGCUGGCGGGGUUUCAUCGGGGAGUAGGAGGAUGGGGAGUAGGAGGAUGGGGAGGGAGGGAGGUGUUGGCAGUGGCGACGGCGUUUGCGUCUGCGGUUCGUCGAAUUUGAGAAUUGUGCCGGUCCAUGGCUUGAGCGACCUGGGACGCCUGCCGUGCCCGGGCCUGAAGCUGGCGUGGUUAAAGGGAGCGACGGAGCACUGGGCGUUUACCCUGGCAGGGCUGUUGAGUAAGUUCCAGAUGGGCGUUGAUGCGUGUCUUUCGGCAAUGUUACAGUCUAUCACCGUCAAACGAGACACCCAAACAUGAUGAUUUUAUAGAUUAUUCUUGAGCCACUUGUGAGAGUAGAGACUUUACGACGGAGUAUAAAUGCAUUAUUAGGACCCUAUGUAAAUGUCACAGCUCGAGAACCA